GCAGACAGAGUGCGCUGAGACGAGGGGGAGGUGGCCGGCUGCUUCUCCCGCGUCCGCCAUUUUGUUGCUGUGGCUCUUGGGAACAGGCUGGGCAAAGCCGUCCCGGAGGCGCCACGCUCCCUCGAGUCCGGUGCUUCGUGGUCGGCGGGUGUCAGUGCAGACCCGUACGGCUGCGGAGCCGGAGCUUUCCAGGUCGCGAUCCACUGGAACCACCCCCGGUACGUCAGACAGCCCAAGAACCCCAGGGCGGCCUCCGCUGCGGCUCGACUUCGCCCACCCGACCCCGGGCUCUGCCCUGCUUUCUCUGGGCCGGCUCUUUCUGUGAGGCGGCCCCGGAGCAGGCGGGCGGCUGCAGAGGAUGCUGCGAGCCCGGAGCCGAGAGGCAGGUGCUGGCCCGGCCCUCUAAGCUUGCCUAGAGGUGUGCCGAGAGGCCCCCUUCUCGGCCCCAAAGCCGUCUGCCGGGCAAAGGCUUCCAGAACAGGCGAGAGCAGCCGCCGCCCCGACUCGCCACAGAACCCCGGCCGGGCACCAUGUCCUCCGCCAGGUUCGACUCCUCAGAUCGCUCUGCUUGGUACAUGGGACCGGUGUCUCGCCAGGAGGCGCAGACCCGGCUCCAGGGCCAGCGCCACGGCAUGUUCCUAGUCCGCGACUCCUCCACCUGCCCCGGGGACUAUGUGCUGUCUGUAUCCGAGAACUCGCGCGUCUCCCACUACAUCAUCAACUCUUUGCCUAAUCGCCGUUUUAAGAUCGGGGACCAGGAGUUUGACCAUUUGCCGGCAUUGCUGGAGUUCUACAAGAUCCACUACCUGGACACCACCACCUUAAUCGAGCCAGCGCCCAGGUAUCCAAGCCCGCCAAUGGGAUCUGUCUCAGCACCCAACCUGCCUACAGCAGAAGAAAAUCUGGAAUAUGUACGAACUCUAUAUGAUUUUCCUGGGAAUGAUGCCGAAGACCUGCCCUUUAAAAAGGGUGAGAUCCUGGUGAUAAUAGAAAAGCCUGAAGAACAGUGGUGGAGUGCCCGGAACAAGGAUGGCCGGGUUGGGAUGAUUCCUGUCCCCUAUGUUGAAAAGCUCGUGAGAUCCUCACCACAUGGAAAGCAUGGAAAUAGGAAUUCCAACAGUUAUGGCAUCCCAGAACCUGCUCAUGCAUAUGCUCAACCUCAGACCACAACUCCUCUACCUGCAGUUUCCAGUACUUCUGGGGCAGCGAUCAACCCUUUGCCAUCCACACAGAAUGGACCUGUCUUUGCAAAAGCAAUCCAGAAAAGAGUACCCUGUGCUUAUGACAAGACUGCUUUGGCACUAGAGGUUGGUGACAUUGUGAAAGUCACCAGAAUGAAUAUAAAUGGCCAGUGGGAAGGUGAGGUGAAUGGGCGCAAAGGGCUUUUUCCUUUUACACACGUCAAAAUCAUUGACCCUCAAAACCCAGAUGAAAAUGAGUGAUUGCUGUUGCCCUGUUUUCUGCUGCUUCGUUGUUCUGCCUGUCAUAGUCUCCUUUGAAGUGGGAAAGCAUUCUCUCUCAUAGGCAGGUUACACUGCAUUGCCAAUGUCCAGCUUUCUGCAGACUGGCGAUCUCUCAUACACAUUUGGAAUGCACACAGCGGCUGUCUCCUGGCAUCUGUAUUAUAGUCGUAUUGUCAGAGUAGCCGAUUUUAGAGUUUUUUGGAUCAUAAACUGGAAAUGCUGGUGGAAGCACACAUGUGGAGAGAAGCUGACAAGGAAAGGGUCUUCCUUCUCAUCGCUGCCCUGUUUGUACUUGGGACUGAUUCUGUCGUGUUCAUCAGAGAAAGCUUGAGGCCGUAGUGAGAGAUCCUGCAUGUCACUGUUCCACAAAAUGGUGGCUCCACCACCAACUUGUUUUUCUUGAACAACACAGGAAGUGAACAUUAAGGAAGAGAGAAUUCUGUCCUAGGCACCCUGCCCCCGGCCCCCAAAUCUGGCUUUUUUUUCAUUUUCUUUUGGUUUGGUUUGGUUUUGGAAGACUAAUUGGACUUGUGUGUUCUGAACAGAUUUUUAAGUAGCAGGUUGGAUUUUUGUGAUAGUCCAGGGAAUGGCACUGCCUCUGAGCUUCUAAAUUGAAGCUGCUGUAACUAAAGGAAUAUGAAAAGAACAACUCUGAAGUGUAAAGGCCUUUAUUGUCUUGGUUGUCAGUAGUACCUUGUUUUACCAUGUAGAAAAUAACACAAUAAAUCAGCAGUCAGUGGUGGGCCAAGCUAUGUACACAGGCCUCUUGGAUUAGUUUGUCCCCAAAAACAUUAGAGUCAGAGGUAAUUUGGGGGAAAGCCUUUGCUUACCUUGUUUGCCAGUGAUGGGUGGGGGUGGGCGUGGGGUUGAACAUUUGGUUAAUUUUCUGUCCCAAUUUUCAGUAAAUGUACCCCUUUAAGUUAUAUGACUUAAAUUUCUUUUAAAAGUGAGGUUAAUAGAAUCAUUGAAUUUCAUUCACUGAAGCCUACCCAGUCCUUGAUGCCCCAGCUCAAUCUUCCUGGGCUGCUGGAGAAAGAUGGUGCUGAUGCUUCCAAAUAAAGGAAAUGCUAACUGGAAAUUGGUUCAUUCACUUGAGGUCUAGUGUUAUAGUGACUAGGAAGAACUCUUAACCAGUUUACCAUUAACCAUUUGUUACUUUAUUGUUAUUAAAGUAUUUUCCUAUUAGCUAAAAGAGACCUGUUUUUUAUACAAGCCAGCUCUGGUACAAGUGUGGGACUGAUGUCUGCUGAGCAUGACAGAUAAGAAUUCUGGAACCUUUACGUAGUUCAUUCUGCUCUCCCUCUGGACCCUAAUGAAGACAAGCUCAGCUCAAAGUGAAUACUGCAGAAAUGUAGCAGCAACCUAAAGAGUAAUUCUAGCAUUUAUGGGGCAUCUGCUGCAACUAUAGCCCUAUCUCUGGAAGCGCUUAGGUUUUGAGGUUCAGAGUAAUGUAUUCUGGUGACAGAAUCAGCAAAACAACCAGUUUUCCAUUUCUUUAUUACUUUGUCUUUAAAUCAGGCUGAUAACUGCCAUAUUAAAGAAUCUUAAGAGUCUUCCUGUGACAAAAUAACAAUCAGUUGGAAAAAAUACCACUGUGGCUGUCUGUCUGGUUUUCCUAGAAAAUGCUUAAGAGAUCAGCUUCCUACCCAAUGAGAAAUGUGGCCACCUCUUACAGUUGCCUUUUCUGGCCAAGUCCGUUUAGUGGGCUUGUUCUAAGUUCAGGCUCAGCCUUACACCCACAGGUAGUGGGAGUAUGACAAAAUCCCUACACUGCCUAGAAAUACUGCUUGCCUUUCAGCCCAUGACCUGGUUCCACCCUGCCUUCUUGGCUCCUGCAUCUGAGUGGAGUGUCUAGCCUUGAUCAAAGAGGGCACAAACCCUAAGAACUUUUAAAAACAGAUAUAGCUGAAGGGCUUGUCACCUUUUGAUUGUAACAGUCGGCUCCGAGUACAAGUAGUAAAUGGCCAUUUUAGAAAGCAGGGUUUCCUUUCAGCCAGGUCUACCGACCAAUAGCAAGAUCCACCCUGUAGGAUGUGCUUCAGAAUCAAAACACUCCACAAACAUGGAGUUUGUUUCCAUAAAGAAUUACUUUAGCCAAUAUAAAUGUCUCCAGGGUUACCUAGGAGAUUGAGAGCUCAAUCCAGAAUAGGUCUUUUGAGUUCUGAGCUCUCAAGAUGUGUGCCAAAAGUAGUAACUUUUUGACUUGAGAACCUUAUCAGUUUUGUUUUGUUUUUUUAAUUAGGUGGAGAAAUUCUAUUUUUCACACCAAAUAGUGGAAAGCAGCACCUUUGCCCUGGCUUCAGUGCCUUGGUUCUCACUAGUCUAGGAAAAUGUUCAUGCUUCAUAGAGCACUGCAAAUUUGAUGCAGGGGUGGGCUUCCUUUUUUAACUAUUCAUUAUUGUUACCUGCUCUGCUUUCCUGUGUUGUAGAAGAUGUUAAUGGAAAAUAAUUUAAAUUAACUCACUAUGAUUUUUCACCUGGGAAGGAAACAAAUUAUGUACUAGAAGGUAUUGAUAGUCUGAUUAAAAACUUACUUGUCCUGGAAAGGACCUCCACUACAGGAGUCAUCCUUAUUAUUUGUGCGCUGUUUGGUAACCACCUGACAACAUGGUUAACAAAGAGGGUGCAUUGAUCAGCUGCUGUUGGUGACUUUGGCCGCCCAGACUCAACACCUUCUGUGCUCAUGGAAAGGAGGAAAGGACUGCUGCACCCUCCUUGGAUCUUUGCACCCCUGGCACUGUGCUGGCCUUCCUUUACAGCUGUUUACAGACAAGACAGGCCUGAAACAAGACGGCCACUGCUCUUGUAACAUUUGCUCAGAGGAAUAUGAACAUUUUAUUUUUAGAAAAGGGAUGAUGUGUUUUUGUGCCAGGUGUUUAUAAUUUAAUCCUUUAAUAUUAUGUUCAUUAACCUCUUAAAAUGAGUGAAUUCUUGAUUGUUUUAACACAGUACCUAAGACUAAUGCUUUCUGUGGACAUCACUGAGCUCUGCCUCAAACUCCACCCAUUGGGACCGGAGAGCCAUGUCCCUGGUAACUGCUGUCAGUGUGAACACUGAGCUGGUUGUAUGUUCUAAAGGAGUAGAAGGACAGUUCUCUGAGACAGGAUCGUUGUCCCUGCAGGAGGAACAGUGGCCUUGCUUCCUGACGGUCUUCACUGUGUGUUUUAAAACAACAACGUAAAACUCUUUUGACCUGUAACUUAAAGAUCAUAAACUUCAGGCAAUAAUAUUUUCUCUGUAAGCUUUUAAAAUUAUUUUUGGGGAUCAUAGCUUGUUUUAUUUUGUGCUAUAAAAUUAACAGUAUUAAAUGACUUAUAUUCUUAGAAUACAUUGAGUGUCUUUUCUUAACAGAUUAGUGCCUUUUUAUUUUUGUAUUCCAUUUUACGUUUCUGGUCCCAGCAUCAAAACCCUUGUUUCCAUGGCCUGUUUGUACAUUGUCUCAAUAAAAUUUGCAUCAGCCGGUGGUGGUGGCA